UUCCACGGAGACGCGUGCGCCUGCCUUUCCUGUGUUGAUUCGAAAGCCGUGACGUUGCCAGCAGUUCCCGACGUGCAAUGCGGGAAGUAAAUCUGAAAGGGGGAGGGGAGGACGAGAUACAGCAGCGCCGCCAUAUUGGUACUGCAAAGUAAACGGAAAGCUGGGAUCCCGGGGAUCAGCUCCCUGCCAUAGGCAUUAGGUGGACGCUACCACCAGAGCUGAACCUCGUGGUCAACUCCAUUCUUAUUCCCAUUUCCGAUUCUACACUUUGCUGCCAUCAUGGACCAAGAUUACGAAAGGCGCCUUCUGCGACAAAUCAACCUGCAGAAUGAGAACACUAUGCCUUGUGUAUCUGAGAUGAGAAGAACACUGACACCAUCCAAUUCUCCUAUGUCCUCUCCAAGUAAGCAUGGAGAUAGGUUUAUUCCAUCUAGAGCUGGAGCAAACUGGAGUAUUAACUUUCACAGAAUAAACGAAAAUGAGAAAUCUCCUAGUCAAAACAGAAAAGCCAAAGAUGCAACUUCUGAUAGUGGGAAAGAUGGCUUAGCAUACUCUGCUUUGUUGAAGAAUGAACUGUUGGGUGCUGGAAUUGAAAAAGUUCAAGACCCCCAAACUGAAGACCGUCGACUUCAACCAUCGACCCCUGAAAAGAAGAGCCUUUUCACGUAUUCCUUAAGUUCAAAGCGAUCAAGCCCUGAUGAUGGAAAUGAAGUAUCUCCGUAUUCUUUGUCACCUGUUAGUAACAAAAGUCAGAAACUACUGCGCUCUCCUAGAAAACCUACACGAAAGAUUUCUAAAAUUCCAUUUAAGGUACUUGAUGCCCCAGAACUGCAAGAUGACUUCUACCUUAAUCUUGUGGACUGGUCAUCUCUGAAUGUACUGAGUGUAGGAUUGGGGACCUGUGUAUAUCUAUGGAGCGCAUGUACAAGCCAGGUAACAAGGCUCUGUGAUUUAUCAGUGGAAGGAGAUUCUGUGACUUCAGUGGGUUGGUCUGAAAGAGGUAAUCUGGUUGCUGUAGGGACUCAUAAAGGUUUUGUACAGAUUUGGGAUGCAUCUGCAGGGAAGAAGCUCUCCACUCUUGAGGGGCAUACAGCUAGAGUCGGUGCUUUGGCUUGGAAUGCAGAUCAGUUGUCCUCAGGAAGUAGAGACCGCAUGAUCCUACAGAGAGACAUUAGAACCCCACCUGUACAGUCUGAAAGGAGGUUACAAGGACACAGGCAAGAAGUUUGUGGUCUCAAGUGGUCCACUGAUCAUCAGCUGCUAGCAUCAGGAGGGAAUGACAACAAGCUCCUGGUGUGGAAUCACUCUAGUUUGACCCCUGUUCAACAGUAUACAGAACACCUGGCUGCGGUGAAGGCAAUUGCUUGGUCACCUCACCAACAUGGGCUGCUUGCUUCAGGAGGGGGCACAGCUGAUCGUUGCAUCAGAUUCUGGAACACACUCACUGGUCAACCACUUCAGUGUAUUGACACUGGUUCACAGGUUUGCAACCUAGCCUGGUCCAAGCAUGCUAAUGAACUGGUGAGCACACAUGGCUAUUCCCAGAAUCAGAUCCUAGUGUGGAAGUAUCCAUCCCUUACACAGGUGGCAAAAUUAACUGGACACUCUUAUAGAGUUCUCUACCUUGCCAUGUCUCCAGAUGGGGAAGCGAUUGUUACCGGGGCUGGAGAUGAAACAUUGAGAUUUUGGAAUGUUUUUAGUAAAACACGGUCUACAAAGGAAUCUGUUUCUGUUCUCAACCUCUUCACCAGGAUACGAUAACUUCAAUGGUCUCUGGCAGUUCUCUUCUUACUUCACUGAGCCGGGAAUUGCUUUCCAACCCAACAAAGUGACUAUUGUUCUGUGUACAGUUCAGGGAUUCAUCAGUAGCCUAUAUGGGCAUGGAAAGCAUUAAAUAACACUGUUCUAUCUCAAAUUCAUUUUUCCAUCAUUGGCAUUGGAGGAAGGAGGAGCCAUAUGUUUUUCAUAUAAUGGGUAGUGGGUAUAAGCAACCCUACUGCCCAUUUUCUAUAGAUAUGUAUUUAAGUGCUUGUAUAUAAAUGCUUAUGUAUAUCUUAUUGUUUGGAAUUGACCCCCUAAGGAAAGGGUUUCAGCACUGUCUAACAGCUAGAAAGAUACCAUCAGAACACCUAUUUUAAACUUUUGGGGACCAUGCUCUGUUUUAUAGAGGCACAGAGAUUUCCCGUACAAAACUGUCUUGUUUGCAUGAAAAGAAUAUCCUAUUCUAUAUAUAGAACCUACUCAUUACAACUCUACUUGCAACUUUUCACAUAACUUUUAUUUGUGAAUAUAUCUGUGCUCUGUUUGAGGUGGGAGGUCAUAAGGGUGGGGGGGGGGCUUAUUUUAUGGAUGUGUGGAUGACAGAUUGAUAGUCUUUUUGUAGCAUAAUACCUGUUUUGUUCUGUGCAGUUCCUUUUUUAUGGGUGAUGUUCUGUAUUUUUAAUGUUAAUUUAAAAUACCCUUUUCAGGAUCAGUCAGACAAUUUGCCUGAUCUUGUUCCCUCCCAUAUUUUUUUUUAUUUUUAUUUUUUUUUUUGCAUUGUUUUGCACGAAGGAGGAAUUUAGAGGAAGAAGAAGAAAGUCUGUUUGCUCAAGGAAAGCACUUAGUUCUGGAGUAUUGAAUCCAUUGAUAUUAUAAUGUUUAACAGUGAAGGGGUUUAAAUAAGAACUUGUUUGAUGCCAUUUGCUAUCUGCUACAUUUGUAGUCCUCCAUUUUUUUUUUCUCCCCACAGGUGGGGCAUGUAAAUCUCAUUAUUCUUUGUUUUUAAAGAAAAAAAAAAUAUUGCCUCUUGAUGUUGAACUGUGAAGGAUGUGUUUAUUUGUAACUGACUGUUUAUUCUUGUAAGAGACCAAUGUUC